AUGGCACCUUCCGAUCGUCUCAAUCAGGUGAACAAGCACCUCAACUACCCAGCCGGUCUUCUUGCUGGUCAAGUGGCCAUCAUCACUGGUGCAGGUCAAGGUAUCGGCGCCGAGGCCGCUCGGCUUUUUGCCAAUGAAGGUGCAAAGGUGAUAGUUGCAGAUAUCGAUGCUAAAAAGGCCAACGCGGUCGCCGACGCCAUCAAUGCUGCCGAGCCGAACCGCGCCCUGGCAGUCGUCGGCGAUGUACUCGACAACGACUACAUCAAGGAGCUUGUGAAGCGCGCAGCCGAAUUCGGUGGUGGCAAAAUUCAUAUUAUUGUUAACAAUGCCGGUUUCACCUGGGACGGUGUAAUUCACAAGAUGACCGAUAAGCAAUGGGAUACCAUGCUUGCAGUGCACAACACUGCGCCCUUCCGGCUGGUGCGAGAGGCCGCACCGUAUUUCCGGGUCAAGGACCAGGAGCCGCGGGUUGUUAUCAAUAUCAGCAGCACGAGCGGAAUCCACGGUAAUGCCGGCCAAGCCAAUUAUGCAGUUGCCAAAGCCGGCGUCGUCGGUCUUACUCGUACAAUUGCCAAAGAAUGGGGUCCAGCCUUUGGUGUGCGCUCCAAUACUAUCGCCUUUGGCUUUGUAACAACCCGUCUUACAGCCGCCAAGGAAGAAGGUGCUUUUAUCACCACUCCUGAUGGUACUAAGGUCGCGCUGGGUAUUCCUGGUAAACAACUUGCUGGCAAGAAGGGCACGGAUGAUCAGGCUAAGACCGAGAGUUAUCCGGAUAUCCCACUGCGGAGACCUGCAAGCCCUGAAGAAGCGGCACGGUCGAUUCUCGGAGUGGCUAGUCCAUACUUCUCCUAUGUUAAUGGAGAGACUAUUCGGGUCACUGGUGGACGGAACAUGUAA